AGUAAGCUAAAUAGUCGCGCGGGUGGUUUGGAUCGUACCCACUUGACUUGUCUAGGUCUGGGAUUCCAGGGAUAUCCACCUGUCCAUUGCGGCUCUAACACCCGGACAACACCGAACAUGGUGAGUGCCGGUCGAACCACGGUAAGGAUUGCCAGCUAUCCACGGACUUGGGACACCGUAGCAGUCGUAGCACCCAGAACCACGGGUCAGGAGGCCCGGCACGCUUACCUAUCCCUCUCCCUUCAUCCCACUCACAGCCUCCUUCGACCCGUUUUGACCCGUAGGCUUCGGUUAUCUGUUACAAUGCAUUUCCUCUAUCUCAUCUCAUUCCAACUGAUCGGAAUCUAUUUACGAUUCCAACGGACAUAUAUGUGUGUGUGUGUGUAUGUGCGUAUGUGUGGGGUGAAUACGAAGAUCCGCUCAUUUCCGUCCACGGGUCUGCUUUUAAGUCUUUCUCUCCCACCUUGCCUUCUCUUUGAUCUUCCGAGUGCGGAUCUUACGGGAGAAAAGAGUUAUAGAGGGAAGAGCGGAUCACUUAUAGUAUCUAUCCAGAAAGUAUCCCGUUAUCCAUGAGAUUGAGAAUGUGAAAAGUAAAAAGAGCGUCGUCGCAUUGUGCUU